CAGCAGUCAAGCAACCUUUGGACUUCGCGAUCAACCACCACACCACCUCCAUUGACAUACACAAUGGCUCUGUUCGCCUCGCACGCCGUCCAGGCGCCGGUCGCCCACCACAUUGAGCACCGCUUCAACCCCUACGAGGACAACGGUGGUACUAUCCUCGCCAUUGCCGGCAAGGACUUUAGCAUCAUCGCUGGCGACACGCGUCAGUCGCAGGGAUACAACAUUCAGACUCGUUAUGCGCGCAAGGUGCACCAGCUCACCGACAAGGCUGUCCUCGCGACCAACGGCUUCGCCGCCGACGGCAACAACUUUGUCAAGCGUGUCAAGCAGCGGUUGGAGUGGUACGAGCACGCGCACAACAAGCAGAUGGGCAUCAAGGCGAUCGCACGCCUGAUCCAGACCAUGCUGUACGCCAAGCGCAUGUUCCCCUACUACGUGUACAACAUUCUCGGCGGCAUCGAGGAGGACGGCACCGGCGCCGUCUACUCGUUUGACCCUGUCGGAUCCUACGAGCGCGAGGCAUGCCGUGCCGCCGGAGCCGCGCAGUCGCUCAUCCAGCCCUUCCUCGACAACCAGGUCUACUUCCGCAACCAGACCUUCCCCCCCGGCGUCGAGCGACCAAUCCCCGGCAACCUGCCGCUCAACGACGUGCUCUCGCUUGUCAUUGACUCGUUCACGUCGGCAACCGAGCGCCACAUCGAGGUCGGUGACGGGCUCGAGAUGUUUGUCGUCAUGGCCAAGGACCGCACCGUCGACGACCUUGUCAGCGAGGGUGCGCUCCCCGACGGCGUGACGUACCAGGAGCUGCCGCCCAUCGGCGACGGCAGCGGCGAGCGCUCGUUCCUCGUCACGCGUGCCCUGAAGCGCGACUAGAGGAGGGGUGAGGUAGACCAGCGGGGCGUGGUAGACCGGCCACGGCCGCGACAGCAGCAGCAGCAGCAUAUGCAUG